AGGCCCGACCCAUGGACACCGUCAAGGUGGUCAAGGCCAUGGUAGAGCUGGAGAUAGGGGUGAGCAAGGAGGACCAGAAGCUGCUGCUCGGGGAAAGGCAGCUCCCAGAGGAUGCCACGCUGAGCGAAGUGGGCAUCGACAAGGACCUAGAGCUCAAGCUAGUGGUUAUCAAGGCCGCCGACAUCGUGGAGUCAGAGGCCGAGGUGCCAGAGGACUGCGUGCGCGUCGUCGUCAAGUGCCAGAUCACAACGGGGAAAUUCAAGGAGAUCAAGCUGGACCUCUUGCGGACCGAGGCCACCGAGGUGGCGAAGGAGCGGGCCCUGGAGAAGCUGAAGACGUGGGACGAGAACCUGGAGGGUCUCACCGGGAAAGACUUCGGCCUCUUCAUUCCCCAGGAGCAGAUGGGCUACAGGGACGUCGGAAAUGGCAAGCAGGGCCUGAGGCCGAUGACGCGCAAGGAGCGGUUAAAGGACAGCGCCACGCUGGAGGAGAACGGCAUUUCCCGCGACGGGCCACCGCAGGAUGCACCAGCAGUGCCGCCUGAUGGGGGUCGGUUCGAGGGGUCGUCACGAUGAAAAGCAUCGAGGAGACCAGCACAUGGAUUAGAGCGCGUGGCGCGUAGAUUAACGACGGGUCCCAGUUGUGCACGAAAUCGGCUCGCUCCGUCGCCAGACGAGGCGGCACUGGUGCCAAUUGUGAGGGAGCGGUUUCUCCGAUCCGUGGAUGUAGCGCCCGCGCGCCAGAUCUACGGAUCGCUAGUCUGCGUUGGUUGGCCCAAGUAUUGCUUAUCCGCCGCCGUUCUGACUACCAUCAGGUCUGAGGUCCGUCAGUACCUCAUGCUGAUCGGGCCUGUGAGUGCAUCUGCCCCUCCCUGGCAAAGCCGCGAUCCGAGCUAGAGCAGUGGGGCAAUUAGCACUGAGCAGUCAAGUCGGCUUCGUAGCCGAUGCUCUAACCAUGCACUCAUCGAGAUUUGCAAGUUGGACGUUUC